AUGAAGAAAGAUAAUGAGGAAUCGAUGGAUCUAAGUAAUGAUCCAGAAGAAUCUUUUGUAGUUGAUAGCGAUGUUGACGAUGUUGAUAUGCUUACUGAUAUGAAAACUAUUAAAAAAGAAAAAAAUGUAUUGUUGGAUCCUUUAACAGUAUCUCGCUUUACUCCAUCAAUGUCUAAUGUUUUUCGUUCGAAAGAAUCAGAAAUAUGUGUUGUUGGGAUGAAGAGGAAUGAAGGAUAUGUUCUUAUUGCUCCGAUAUAUGGAGAUACAAUUAUUAUGGGUUAUCGUUUGAGUGCGAUAAAUUCUUUAAACUCCGGAUUGAAUUCCUUAGACCUAGAGAAUAAAGAUUUAAAUUUUCAACCAAUAUUUUCACCAAAAACUCAUGCACUUGUUUCGAUUGAAUCGGUAAAGAGACAAGAAGAAGAAGAGGAAAAUUCAAAUCAUUCUGGAAUUAAAUCAACACCAGAAAUCAAAAAAAUCAUCAUCAAUCUUUUGAAGAAAUUACAAUCAAUUAAAGAAGAAAAUUUUGAUACUAUAUUAGCAUUGCGUGGAAUGUCAUGGAGUGGAAUUAAAGGAUUUGAAUCGAUAGCUCGGUUUACUUUUAAAGGUAUAUUUUCAAUGGAAAGGGAAAAAAGGAAAAAUUUAGAUUCAAAGGAAGAUUUAUUCAAAAUUAAUGGAUUUAAUCCGAUUUUUGAAGUAAUACCCGAUGUAACAUUAUUUAAUUUAUUGGAUUCCUGGAAAAGUGUUGUCAGUCAACUUGUCACAAAUUUUAAAGAAUAUAAAUUUCCACCCAUCACAAUAAUAUGUGGACAUCGAAAUGUUGAGAGUGAUAUUGGACAAUCUGAAUUCACACCGGCAGGAUUGAUAUCAUUAAAUAUUUUAGAUUCACCUAUUCUUGGUCCACCAUUUACGCAUAUUAAACAACCUUAUCGAACAUAUUUCUUGGGUCAUAAUACUCCUCGUGAUGAUCCAGAUUAUUAUUUAGAUUGUUUACAAGAAUUAAUUACUAUUUAUCAUCGUGAUAUUGCGUGUGGUCCAGACUUUGGAAUGUAUAUGAGUGAUGAGGAUUUAAAGGUUCCAUUAAUUAUUAAUACUCAUGGUUGGGUAACUGGAUUAGGUUAUGAUAUCUUUCUUAAUAUCCUAAAAUUAGCCAAACCAACAGAUAUUAUUCAAUUUUAUUCACCUACACAAACAUAUAAAAAUCUUCCAAAACUUCCGGAUUAUAUAAUUUCACCACCAAAUGAAGAAUCACCAAAUAUUAUAUUUAUUGAAUCCAUUGAUUCUACAAAAAUUUCUACCAAAUAUCAAUCAUCAGAUCAUAGAACUUUGUCAUUAAUUUCAUAUCUUUAUUCUAAUAUUACAAAACAAGAUAAUACGAAAUGGUGGAAAUUUGAUAUACCAUUAAUUCAUCAAAUUCCUUGGUGUUUGGAUUGGACCAAAGGAUUGAAUAAAGGAAUUUUCUUACUUUUUGGAGAUGUUCCUUUAAGUCAAUUAUUAUAUGCAUUAAAUGGGUCAUUAAAACCACCAAAUUAUUUUUCAUGCCCAAAUUUUUCACCACCUUCGCCAUCUGAAUCUUAUUGUAUAGGUUUAGCCAUAAUACGAUCAAUUGAUCCAAUUAAUCAUACUUUUCAUAUUCUUACACCUUUAUCAUUAGUUCAAUUACAAAGAGUUAAAGCAAUAGUGAAAGGAAAAUUGGAAUUACCAAUUUGGGUUAUGUUGGAUCACACUUCCAAUACAUCUAUUGGGAUUUGUGGUGUACCAUGGAAAAGGAUACCUUAUAUGAGUUUUGAAGCUGGAAUUGGAUUAGGAAACGAAGCACAAAGGGUUAGAAGAAAGGGUUAG